CUUGUAUCCAAACCACUUCACAAUGAACGGGCGACACUGGCCAGGAGGUAUUCCCUCCACUAUCCGUGCUCAUCCAGAACCACGAAUGGAGCAUAGAGAGUUCGACCUCGCCACACAAGGAUUCCGACGAUUUAUUCGCGAACACUGGGCUCCUCGGAGAGAGGAUUCCAAUGAAGAGGGUUUUGAAUAUGAAGACGCCCAGCGACGAGAAUUGGUGGUCGCGUGGGCUUCUGUCGAUCAGGGCUAUCGUGAAAAUUAUCAAAACAAUCCCAUUGACCACGAGCCCCCAUUUAACAAGUACGAUGGAUCUGAUGACUGCCUCCGCGGCACGCCAUUCCCCGAAUCAACAGACCUCUACUACAUCGCAACAAUUAAAACACCUCAAGACCACAACCGAAUGAUCAAAGCUUUCCUUCUCCAAUGGGAAUGGAACUAUGACGAUCCUAUUAACCCAGUCAGCAGUCCAGUGGCCAUGAUUUCACCCAGCGCUACCGACAAACCCAUCACCGCGGAGACCUUCAAAUUGGCCCGAUCAGUCGAAUGCCCUGACUUCAGUGACAUGGGGAUGACGGUCGAUGGGACGGUGAUAUUCAACGAGAUUGGCACCGCAGUCUUGGUUGAUGAUGUUACGCUUCAAACGGGGUUGAUUUUGAUGCUCAAGCCCCACACCAAUGGAUCGGUUGAAUUUGCGGCUCGUAUGCGGCCUGAGGAUGUAAGACAUGUGUGGAAUACUCUCGUUGGUUUGGGAUGGGGUCUUGAGGGGGCGAUUGAGAGAGAACAUGUAUCUGAAGAACCCUUUGAUAUGGAACCGCCUCUGCCUGAACUUUUACUUUCUCGAUUGCAUAACGGAGACAAACUCAGUCGCCAGGAACUGGAGGAACGAAUUGAAGAGGUGGCCCCGGGGUUCAUGGAAGCUGAAGAAGAAGGGGGUUCAUUCUAUGAUAUCAGUCAGAUUGAGUUUGAUCAAUAAGUGCUCCCAUCGUUUUAUCAUUUCUGUUAUCCCUGUUUUGUUAGUCUAAAUAUCCAGUUUAUGCCCAGGAAGCUUGGUGCACAUCGAACAUAGUUUGUGCACAUAACUAGGGGAGAAACAUUAGCCGCCUGUCAACAUCCCGAGUUUUUCAAUCAACCAGCCAGAUAAACAAUGGACUUAAUAUGUAUAUCCCCAACCAGAACCAGA